AGAGAAAAAAGAAAAACCAUAAACGUUACCAAUCACACCCACCGGUUUCGAUUACUCCGCUACUAAACCCUCUUUAAAUACAACCCUAAUCAUCACCUUUCUCCGCACUACUCUCAUUUCUCUCUCUAAAACACUACACUCUGCCUUUCAGUCAUCUUUUCUGUCUCUAGAAAACUUCAGUCAUCUUUUUUCUCUCAUGGGUUCUGAUAAGAAGAUCAAGAUCGGAAUCAACGGGUUUGGAAGGAUCGGUCGUUUGGUUGCUAGAGUUGCUCUGCAGAGAGACGAUGUUGAGCUUGUUGCUAUUAACGAUCCCUUCAUCACCACUGACUACAUGACAUAUAUGUUCAAGUAUGACACUGUUCAUGGCCAGUGGAAGCAUCAUGAGCUUAAGGUCAAAGACGAGAAGACCCUUCUCUUUGGUGAGAAAUCGGUCACAGUCUUUGGCAUCAGGAACCCAGAGGAGAUCCCAUGGGGUGAAACCGGUGCUGAAUUUGUUGUGGAGUCUACUGGAGUCUUUACAGACAAGGACAAGGCUGCUGCCCAUUUGAAGGGUGGUGCAAAGAAAGUUGUCAUUUCUGCUCCUAGCAAGGAUGCUCCCAUGUUUGUUGUGGGAGUCAAUGAGAAAGAAUACAAGCCUGAGCUUGACAUUGUCUCCAAUGCUAGCUGCACUACCAACUGUCUUGCUCCCCUGGCGAAGGUUAUUAAUGAUAAAUUCGGCAUUGUUGAGGGUCUCAUGACCACUGUCCAUUCCAUUACUGCCACUCAGAAGACUGUUGAUGGUCCAUCAAUGAAGGACUGGAGAGGUGGAAGAGCUGCUUCAUUCAACAUCAUUCCCAGCAGCACUGGUGCUGCCAAGGCUGUUGGUAAAGUGCUGCCAGCCCUGAAUGGUAAAUUGACUGGUAUGGCGUUCCGAGUUCCUACUGUGGAUGUUUCAGUUGUGGACCUAACUGUAAGGCUUGAGAAAACAGCUACGUACGAGCAGAUCAAAGCUGCUAUCAAGGAGGAAUCAGAGGGCAAACUCAAGGGUAUCUUAGGUUACACCGAGGAUGAUGUGGUCUCCACAGACUUUGUGGGUGAUAACAGGUCAAGCAUCUUUGAUGCCAAGGCCGGGAUUGCUCUGAGUGGAAACUUUGUGAAACUGGUCUCGUGGUAUGACAAUGAAUGGGGCUACAGCUCCCGUGUGAUCGACUUGAUUGUCCACAUGGCUUCUGUUGCUUGA